AUGUUUGAAUUCAUACAUCCCACCGGUGUUUCAGCCCGCACGUCAGCUUGGCAGACACUCUCGGACCAAGUCCAUAGAGCCUCUGCUCUCCUCCAAUCCGGGACUAUUGACAGAGACGAAGCGACGCCGGACCGGUUCUUUCAUGGACUUAGACAGGCGGCUAAGCAUCUUGACCCAUCCUUCUUGGCACAAUUCUGGCGGAUCUGUCUUGGAAUAAAAAGCAUCGACGGGCGCAUCCCCGGAGGUGCGUGUCUGAAGAGAUUCUUCGAUAGCCUCAUUGGAACCAUACUGGAGCGCAAUGGCCAGAGACAUCCGUUGGCGGUUCUGGUGACCGCCAUCAGAAAUGUGCCGCCAAAAGAGCUCAUGAAUACACUCCGGCUGGGCUUUUGGAUGUCGAUUAAAGUCUUGAAACAGUUCAUCGGUGAUGAGAAUACCAUGGUUCUUCGUAUGUGCUCGAAAUACUCCAAUGGUCAAAUUUAUAACGCUGAAACGGCAAUCACCCUGUCGUAUUGUCAUGUCUAUGCAGCUUAUUAUGUCUGCUGCCAGAGGGACCUAGCCAGAUCAAUCGCCAUGUCGCUGUUCCAAGAUGCGAAAGAGGAAGUUGAAAGGAUGGCCACGAAAGGAGAUGUGCAUUGGAGUCUCGUGACUCACGCAUUGGCAUAUUCUGCAAGAGCUGUUGCGUAUUUCCAUUACGAACGCCAUGAGAUGUCCUGGUCCCACGGGGCCACGGACAUUGCAAUUACAUUGCUGCAGACUGGGGACGAAGAGUGCCGAAUACGGGCAGCGACGCUUUCCAAGAUGCUCCUGGCAUGGUUGAAAAAUACGAACACGCCUUUCAGGGCACCGCAAGAGAAAGUGCAAAAGGUCAAACCUUCCAGGAGCGAGAUGCAACCACGACGUGCAAGUCACGAGAAGUCCAGAAAUGGAUGCUUAACCUGCAAAAUUCGAAGAGUCAAAUGCGACGAAACAAAACCGUAUUGUCGGAGAUGUACCGAAACGGGCCGCAAGUGCGAAGGCCCAGUUGUUCGCGAAAUCCGCUUCAUCCAGAAUAAAACGGUCAGCCAAGCGACCACUCCAAGUCCGUCGCGGGUGGUCUCUCUUCUCGCUCCGCAUCAUGCUGAGGACGAACGGCGUGCAUGGCAUUACUUCAUGUAUGGCGCAGCACCCGCGUUUGCGGGGACCGUCGAAACUACCUUUUGGCAGGACCACGUCCCUCGACUCGCCCAGGCAUAUAGCUUUGUCUGGGACACUGUUGUGUGCCUCAGCUCCCUAACAGAACACGUGCCAUAUGUGUCGCCGACUGCCGCAUCUGACCGAACAGGUCUGACAAAAGCCACCAACCAAAUGCACCGACAGGCACUGAGGUUCUACCACAAAGCGAUUGUGAGCGUUCGACGGCUGGCCGAGCUUGGGCAAAUAGAUGAUUCUGUUGUCGCCUUGAGCUAUCUACUAUUCGCAUCGGUGGAAUACCAUCAUCGAAAUGUCAUGAUUGCGAACGAUUUGAUGAAAAGAUGUUCCAGAAUUCUCACCGACAAUCUGAGGUCGCUUGAUACCCGACCGAACUCGGCCUCAGGUCAAGCCGUUCACCAAAUGGUAGCAUCAUACGUUUUGAAAAAGACCAUUGUGCUUGCCACCUUCCGAAGCUCUCUAUCGCCUCACCACGUUGCGAACAACGAGAGCAGCAAUCUCUUCGAGACAGCACUGUCCAGGUCUCCUCUGCUCAGCGAGGCUAGGGUUCAAUUUGAUAGUCUGAUGAACCAGUCGUACGAAGCGAUCAGGCAUGCGGACUUCCUUCCUCACAUUGACGAUGAUGAGCCGCGGAAGGUCCAGUACUUGUCACAACGCCUGUCGUUAUUGGAGGAGUUGUUGCAAUGGAAAGCCUCCUUUACUGCUACAAAAAGCCAGACGCCGGAUCCGGAGGGCUCCUUAAUAUGUUCGUAUCUUUUGAUGUAUUGGGCAGUCUGCUACAUAUCCGUGGCAACAUGCGUCAGCCCCCACCAGACCAUCUUCGAUGCCUACAUGGACCACUUUGCGGAAAUCAUUGAGCACGCCACGCUUUGUCUCGGGCAGACCACCCAACCGACAAAGGCUCAGUUGCUAAUGUCGAGGUUCGACCCGGGAUUCAUCCCACCAUUAUACUUCUGUGCGACCAAAUGCCGAGACCCGAUGCUGAGACGAGCUGCGCUACGUCUCAUGCGUCAGGCUCCAAAGCAAGACAACUCCUGGGCAUUCGUCGCGCCUGACCGUGUGGUUGCCACGGUGAUUUCGGCCGAGGAGGGUGAAGGUCAUCUCUCUUCCUCAAAGGACUCGCCACAGUCCCACUAUACUGGCCUGCUGCCACCAGAAGAGCGCCGCUUUGCUUUUGUCAGUCUUGUGGGCCGUGAAACGCCGACCGGGAAACAGCGUCAGGCUCUCGAUCUGAGCAGAUUUGAAUAUGCAGUUGAUGGAUCGAGAAGGCUGGUCCAUGAGUAUGCUUGGCUGGACGAUGGGCAUGAGGUUUGGUCCGAUGCUCUUCGUGCGAGCCUGGAGCUCGGUUAG